AAAAUACAUCAUUGUGUGUCUCUGUUUCUCUCUCUCCAAUUUCUUAAUUCCCAAACUACCCUUCGUUAUUCUCUCUCUCUAUACACGAGUGGUUCUUUUAUUUUUUUUAUAUAUAAAAGGAUAAAAAAUGGAAUCACUGAGUUCCAAGAAAAGAACCCGGUCCGACUCGGACGAGUCAGGAUUCAACUCAGUUGAAACAAAAAGAAUGCUCUUAGAUAUCCUAGAUGACUCGGACAUCAACUCAGUGAGUCAAGACCUUGACUCGUUCAUCAAAACCUUCCAAGACGAAAUCUCACCAGCCACGGAAAACGAGUCUACCGAGUUAACCCAGUCAAGACCUGAACUGGGGUUUUUAUUAGAGGCAUCAGAUGAUGAACUGGGUUUACCACCUACAGAUGAAAAAACAAACAAUGGGUUGGCUGAAUCGGUAGAACAACUCAGUGAUUUGUGGGGGUUUGAUAAUGAAAAUAUAAUGACGAGUUAUGACUCAUUUGAGUAUGAGUUUGGUUAUGGGGAUUUUAAUGAUGAUAUUAAUAAUAAUAGUAAUAAUGGUGGUGGUGAAUACGUGGCCUUAGAUGGACUGUUUGAUCAUACAGAUUUAGGUUUUGGUUCCUCCGAUUUGUUAUGGAGGCCCGAAACUUUACCAGCUCAGUGACAAUAAUUUUUAUUUUUAUCUUUAGAAGAAAAAUAUUGUAAAUUUCUUUUGUUUAUUUUAAGAUUUUAGAAAUUGUCCUGAAAAGACAUCAACACACAAUUCAAAGAGACAUUUAAUCUGGA